UUUCUGAAGUGCUCAUAUAUCACUCCACUAUCACUCCGAAGCACCGAGGACCGGGGGAUAAGAAGCAUUUUAAGAGCGGACGCUUUGUAGGACCCGCCAGUUGGAUAGCGCCCAGGCCAUCAUGAACCUGUCCGUCGUGUUCUUGGUCUCCGUGGCCGCGGCGGCGGUGGUGGAGGGCGCCAUCACCGCCGCGCCCCGCACGCUGCGGCGCAACGGGCAGCCCCUGUCGGCCGCCGCCCCGAGGGACGACUGCCGGGGCCAGACCCGCCGCUGCACCGACUGCAGCACGCUGCUGGUGUGCGCCACCAUCGGCACCGUGCUGGUGCCCCUGCAGUCGCUGGCCUGCCCCGCCGCCACGCCCUACUGCUCCGGCGGCGCGUGCGUGGCCAGCAUCCAGGCAAGGGGAAAUAACUCCAUGAUUUCCCGUUGCAUCCAGGACAGCGGCUGCAGCGCGCCGCCGGCCGCCGACCCCGCCUUCACCUGCACCGGCAACGGCUACUUCCCGUCGCCCUCCGACUGCGCCAAGUACUACCUGUGCGCCGACGGCCUCGCCUACGAGUACGACUGCAGCGCGUACCCCGGCACGGUCUACAGCCACGAGAAGGCCCUCUGCGUGCCCAGCGCGGAGGCGGUGUGCGCCCCGGCCGUGUGCAACAGCAGCACCUUGCUGGUGUACCAGCGGUGGCCGGGCGGCGCGAGCGUCUUCUUCCUGUGCGUGGACGAGCGGCCCGAGCACGCCUACGUGGCGGACUGCGGCGCCGACAGCGCCAUCUCGCCGGACGGCGUGUGCAGCCUGGCCUGCCUGCGCGAGGGCCGCCUGCCCGACGCCUCCAGGCCGCAGGGCUACUUCGACAUUUUGGGUAACUUGGGUAUAUUCAAAGUCUGGGAUAUUUUUUCUCACUACCGCAUCUGA